AUGCAGGGUGCAGACAUUAAUGGACUUGAAGCCAAAAUACAGAAACAUUACGUCGCCAGCUUGUAUGAAUCUGGAGAAGAUUACGGUCAUGGAAUGUUGGACUUGAACACCUUCAUCCAGAAGAACCAGUGCGAAUGUUUGAACGAAUCGAAUGUCCACCUGAUGGUGAAUGCGCUCAGUUCGAGCGGUGGUAACCUGGUGUCCAAUUGUGACGAACAGUUGAUCAUUUCGAUUACCUUCAAUCAGCUGGUCAAAAUCAGUGCCAUCAACACCAUCGAUUUCGAUAUGGCCAAAUCGCAAGUUUCGGUGCAGGAUCUGAUACUGGGGCAGAAGGAAAUUGUGUCGGAAUCGCCGAUUCCGUUGCACUUCGUUAAAUUUCAGAACGUGCAGAAUAUGCAGCUGUUCGUGAAGGAUAACCAUUCUGGUGACGAGACGACCAUUAUCGAUCAUUUGGCCUUCAUCGGGUCACCGAUUGCAACGACUAAGAUGGAUGACUUCCAGUGGGUGGCUGGGAAGAAGGGUGAAAGCCACUAG